AACGCACAAAGGUCCGCAGCAGUCGCUGGACUUGUUGGGUGCGAUGUUCUGGCGGGAAGAGCAAGGGGGAACGGCUACCGCGCGACUCGCGUCGCUUGCACUCGGCUUUCAGUUUCUCACUAGCGCUCGUUGUGAACGCACGCGCGCUCCGCUCGGUGAACGAAACGUGUAUCCAAUUUAAACUUGUGACAAAACUUAGUACACGGACGUGAGUCUUAAGUGGAUCUCAGUGCAGUGUCAGUGACAUUCCAUUAUGAAUGUGUGCUUUAUGUGCUGAAAGUGCUGAAACUAAUUACCCUCGUGAGUUUCUGGAAACUUAAGCUGAUGGUCCUCUUGAAUAGUAACAUGAAAAUAAAUGGUUCGAGAUAAUUAGAGUUCAGAAUGACCAUAGACAGAGCUGGAAGACCGCCUGCGCCGCGGCGGGCCUCCUCAACCUACAGAAGCUACGAUGAACUCGGGAUCAUCGAUAGAGGAAGACCGCUUCGGUACCGCCACGGUGGCAUAGAAGACCUCACGGGCUUGGAGUCCAGAACCUACAGAACAUACAACGCACAGGACUUCGACGACAUCACUGUAAUCAGCUCCGAAGAGGUCCCAAAACCUAAAAGGAAAACUAUGGAAGGUUUCGCAAACGGUUUUAGAAGAACGUUUUCCGUGCGAAGCAGAAGAGAGGAACCUGAAGGGAUUCCAAUGGAAACUUUUAGUACUCAUGAGGAUAAUUUUGCUACAGUCAGAGGAGCGCCUUUUGGAAGGCGUCGCUCUUUGUCACGUGAUAGAGGAAGCUCUUUACUUGCCAGGAGUUCUUCGGAAGGCGAUGUUAGGCCAGUGCCUGCUCGAGCACCAGCGCCGGCGCCUCGUCUCCACCGCUGUCUCCGCGCCCUCGGCGGUAGCUGGAAGAACCUUUUACUACUGGGCGGAAUGUCCCGCGGCGGCGCCGCCGCCGGCAAGACGGCCACGGCGAAGCGCGUCCCGCCGCCCGCCGUGCCCGGCGACGCGUUCAGCCCGCAGCACCGCCACUCGGGCUCCUCCUUUGGCUCGCAGGGCUACGCGUCCUGCGAGGAGCAGCCCUACCCGCAGCCGCCUGACACACCGUCCCACACACGAGAUGACCACUCCGAUUAUGGCAGCACCGUAUCUGGGGUCUCCGGCGUCUCGGGCGCCAGUGGGAGCCUGGGCAAGAGCCCCGCGGGCGGGGGCACGUUCACGUUCCCGCCGCCGUCACAGCCCCUCACGCAUAAGGCGGCGGUGUAUUACCACCAUCAGCUCGCGCUCAGCGACGACCAGGGGAUCGACAUGACGCAGAGCCCUGGCCGCGACAGCCCCGGUUCUUCAUCAGGCUCGGCCGGCUCCGGAUCUAGGCACUCUUCAGCAUCACUGGACAGCGGACGCGCGUCGGGCCGCAUGCCACACCACCACCACGCGGCUUGCCACUGCGGAGACACUGCUGACCGAGUUAGGGCUAUGAUCGCUCAGGGGCUACCUGACCCUGAUAUCAUCCACGCAUGGCUGGCAGACCUCCAGAUGGAAGAAUACGCGCGCCUUUUCAUCGAAGCUGGCUAUGACCUGCCCACGGUUACCAGGAUGACCCCUGAGGACCUCACGGCGGUGGGCAUCAAGAAACCGAAUCACAGGAAGCGGUUAAAGGCAGAGCUCGCUAAUCUGAAUGUGCCGGAAAACCUUCCUGAUUAUAUACCGGGUUCUUUAGAAGAAUGGCUGCGGCUGUUAAGGCUGGAGGAGUACGGGCCCGCGCUCGUGGCACAGGGGUAUCGCACCGUCCAUGACGUCACACAACUCGCUUGGGAGGAUCUAGAAGACAUGGGCAUAGUUCGUCUCGGACACCAAAAGAAAAUCCUCCUGGCCAUCAAAAGAGUAAAAGAUAUUAGAGCGGGAAAAAGAAGCAUCAGCACCCAAGGGUCCUUGGACUUCACCAGAAUACAGCCCGGACAGGAUUUAUAUCCGAGGGAGCUGCAUUACCAGCCUUGGCAGACACAUGAGCGGAGUUACCAUAAACCUCCCGAUCUUACCUUUGACGCCCUACCGACGCCCCUAUGUGGCACUGAUUUGGUCCCCAUUCAGAUCCGUCACCCGCGCGGAAAAUCUCUAGAAAGUCUCGAAGACCCAUCGGAGCGGUCCUCGCACACGACAUUCUCGCCGGAGGGCUUCUACUACGGCGCGGGGCAGUGGCGCCGCUCGUACGACGACGGCGACAUCACUCCUACCAACGACAGCUACGAGGGCGGCGGCACUCUACCGCGCCCGAGGGGACUCGUCCGGCCUCGGCCCGUGGCUAAAAUCGCCGCUACUCCGGCGUACAGAGAAAAAUCCCCCGACUACACCUACGACGAGAUCGCGUAUUCCGCGCGGUUACAGCGCGUAGCGUACGGCGCGAGUCCGCACGUGGCUCGGAAACCUCCCCCCGACCCGCCGAAGCGCCAGUCCUCCCAGUACGCGCCGUUCUCCCGCUUCGGGCAGACGACGGUGGAGAUCCACCCGGAGAAGAGCCUGCCGCUGAGCCUGCCGGCGUACCCCAGCUCGGACUCGCUGUCGGUGUCGCUCGACAGCACGGGGCUGCUGCCGCCGCCGCCGGCGCCCGCGCCCGCCAGCCCGCCGCGCCGGUACGACGACGACAAGAUCCGGACCGGCUCCGAUGCUAGCUUUAAGUCAAGUUCGAGUACAGAAUCGGAUAGCAUUCCAUUCGCGAACGAGAACGCGGGAACGAUAAAGCAGAACCGCGGCCAAAUCGCCGGCCGGCCGCACACGGUCGACUAUGGCAGAACGGGCAUCGGGCUUGCCAACCUCCCGCCACGAAACCCAGACAUCAAGCCGAACGCUCCACACACCCUCCCAGAAAAAGACGAGGGAAAAAGCACAGAGCCCGUAGACGUACUCAACGAUAUUGGAAACAUGCUGGCCAACCUCACGGACGAACUAGACGCGAUGCUGGAAGAAGAGAAACGUCAAGGUCUCACCGACUCGUAAAAAAACGCGGAAUAGAGAUGUGUCUAGAAACCGGUAAAUUGUUUUUGCAUUUACUAAAAAUAAAAAAAUCUUGUGGGUUUCUAGAUUUUCUUUAUUCGAAACAUUUUUAUAAAUUAUGAAUUGAAUUUUCAUGAAAAUCGAAUUGAUUUUAAAUUUAAUUCCAAAAAUAUUUGCUAUCAUGGUCAAUGAAAUAAAUUGGGAUUAUUAUUGUAUGUUAUCAUCUGAACCUUAAAAAAAUAGAUAGUUUACAUCGGCAAUAAUAUAAGCAAUCAUAUUAAAUAUAUAUCAUUUGAAACAAAUACAAAAAUUUAUAUCACCACAAAAUCGCAUCUUGCCAAUAGGUACCUAUAUAAGUAAUUGUGUAAACUAAUAAAUCACACCUGCCUGUAUUGCAAUACAAAUAAUACUUUUCUAUAAAAAUAUGAUGUGUUACAAACUGUAAUCUAUUACGUUAUAAAAUAUGAUCUUUAACACUGCGAAGUAGUUGAUCAAAAUAGAUUACUCAUAUUAAUUUUCUUUAAGGCAUGUUUUCCGAAGCAUCUUUGUGUAAAUAAAACUUAUAAAAGUGAUUAGUUUCCUCUCCUAAUUUUUAUUUAAAAUUGUGUGUUUAUAUUGUUCUUUAUUAUGUAUUUAAAUUAAUUAACGAUAGUUCCUUGUUUAACAUUUAAAAAUACAUAUAUGUGUUUCGUUUCAUUAAAAAUUAGAUAUAGACGAAUCCAAAAACAGAUGAAAGUGUCUAUUUUUGUAAAUAUUGUUUUACUUAAAUUAUGACAUAAUAGAUACAAAUAUUAUCCAGUAGCUAGAUUUCCAUGUACAAUAAAAUUGUAGAGUACUUGGGUAUGAUGUAGGAUUUAUUAGUUAGAAUUUAUACAAAAUAUUAGCACUAGUUAUAAUGACAUUAGGGGUUAUUAUUAUAAUUAUGACAAAAUGUAUCAUAGACAUUCGUAUAAAAUAGCGAUAAACCUCAUAGUAAUUGUAUAACACAACCUCUGUAUACAUGGACAUGCUCAUUCGCUUCACACUUCCAAGUUAUUUUAUAAAACCUUUGGCUUUGGCAACACAGUUUCAGCUUUCGAUUUGGCAAUCAAGCUGUAUUGUCAAAAUAACUCCUAAACAUGUUUCUUGCGUUUGUAUACAAAAUUAAAAAUAUGUACUACCAAAAAAAUACGAUCUCCUGUACUUUGUAACUUUUCCAUGUCCACAUAGAACGUGAUAUCUAGCGGCCAUACAAUAAAAUAAAUAGGUAAUCGAAGGUAGUAUUCACAACAAUAGUCAUGCGACAAUGGCACCGGUUUAUCGGUUUUUAUGAAAGUUGUCGCAUCACUGUAGCUGUCGAUAUAGUUAUGUUUAACACUGCCUUACCUAUUAGAUACUCGUGAUACUAACAUCCUGUACGU